AUGAGUAACAGAGCUUUACGGCGAUUGCAGAAGAAAGAGCUCGAGGUCGCGGAGUCGGACGACGAGUACACGCCUGUGGCUCAGCAUACGGCUGUAAAUGCGUUCCAGUUGCUCGGUGGCGAGGACGACGACGAGUCUGAAGACACAGACAGCGAAACCAUCCCGGUCUCAAGCAAACCGGCCCCAGUGUCUGGGAAAACUUCCAGCAAGAAGAAGAAGAACAAGGCCAAGAAGCCGGCAACUGCAGACGAGCAGGACAUCGACCAGAUUCUCGCCGAACUGCAGCUGAGUAAACAAUCCGUCACGGAGGAAACGUCCCAAGAACCGUUUAAUGGGCCGUACGACGAUCCUAAAGACGGCGCGCCAGAAUUGACCGCUGCGAGACUCACCGCCAGCAUUGCACUUCUGCAGUUCGAUCCCCGGGACCUGGACCCAGACAGAGAAUUCGAGAGCGUUUUCGGCAAGCUGUCCACUGCUGCAGUUGACGACGCGGACGCCACGCCGUCCACAUUUGUGAGUCCAGACGUGCUGAAACAGAUCAAGCUUCUCAGCAAGCGUGUGCGUGGCUGGUGCGGCCGGGACCGCCGCUCGAUCCCAGGCACUUCUAGGAAACUCGUCAUGUGCAAGAUCCGCGACGACUGGAUCCCCACUCCUAAGAAACCGCUUUCGAUGGACAUGGUGCCCGAUGAGCCGCUCAUGUUUCGCGUUGUCGAGACUCCUGCAUACCCACGGGCAAUUACUACCCAGUUCUAUCUUUCCACCGUUAUUAGACCGGACCACGAGGCCCUGAUCCAUCUGUUGCAGCAGUAUCCGUACCAUUUGGAAACCAUUUUGCAGGUGACCUCGAUUCUACAGCGACAGGGAGACAACUCCAACACCAACGGGCUGAUUGAAAGAGCGCUAUUUGUGUUUGACUGGAGUCUGCGGACAAAUUUCCAGCUUGGUAGCGGCGACUGUCGACUUCCGUUCGACUACUUCCUCAACAGACAGUGCUAUCUCACCGUGUUCAAGUAUAUCACCGUGUUGACGCAGAAAUCCACGUUUUUCACCGCUCUCAACUACUGCAAGCUCCUGUUCUCGUUUGACCCGGCUAACGACCCAUACGGAGUCAGAUACUUUAUCGACUUCUACGCUAUAAUGGCCGGCGAAGACCAGUACUUGAUCGAUUUUGCAGAGAGUUACUUGGUCAAGACAUACAAAGAGUGGUACACGCCGUCUUUGGCGUACUCUCUGGCCAUUUCAACACACAAAGUGGCUCCAGAAGACGCCUCCGCUGCUCUGCUACGCGCGUACCAAACGUAUCCGUACACCGGGCAGAUGGUGCUCAACAAGCUCAGCAAUUACCCUGAGCCAUCGUACAAAGUCUCGGACUACACGAAGCUGGCAACAGCAGUGUAUCUCGCGCGGAUCCAGAUCAUGUUGGAGGAGCCGGCCACGAAGAACUGGUUUGUUGCAGAGCUCGAAAAAGUCGUCCGCGCACAGCCAAAGGCCAAGCAACAGUUCGAUUGCAAGACGAUCCCAGAUAACCUGUUGCGGCACGUGAUCCUGUCGAACGAGACGUCGGCGAUGGCACGGAUCCCGGCCAGUUUCUGGAAAGAGAACGAGAUUUUCGAGUUCGACGUGCUACCACCCACGUCGGAGAAAUCCACGUCGAUCUUCGAUCACAUUGACCAGGCGCGCGUGAGCAACGCAAUUAUCCACAACAGUCUGGAGCAGGAGGAGGAGCGCCAGAUUGCAGAACUUAUUCGCCGCACGGCUGACGAGGCAAAUUAG